UUUGCCUUAUUAGGACUGUGAGUAAUUUUACAGCCCGGGGCGGGCGGUUUCCUGUCGGGUGUGUUCGGGCGUCCACUGAGAACUCGGGUGUAACUUUAGGGCACGUUUCCUCUGGGAUCAAUAAACAGGAGAUCACAAUGUCCAAGUCCCUGAAGAAGAUUGUGGAGGAGAGCCGGGAGAAGAACAUCACGGAUAUCGACAUGUCCGACCGGGGGAUCGGUAACAUGCUGGACGUCCCCGGCCUGUUCACGCUGUCGCACAUCACCCAGCUGAUCCUAAGUCACAACAAGCUGACCAGUGUUCCGGCCAACAUUGCAGAUUUAAAAAACUUGGAGGUGCUAAACUUUUUCAAUAACCAGAUUGAGGAGCUCCCGACGCAGAUAAGCAGCCUUCAGAAGCUUAAGCAUCUUAAUCUGGGCAUGAACAGGUUAAACUCCUUACCUCGAGGAUUUGGUUCCUUGCCAGCCCUAGAAGUUCUUGAUCUGACUUACAACAACCUGAGUGAGACUUCCUUACCUGGGAACUUCUUUUAUCUAACCACCCUGCGUGCUCUCUAUCUAAGUGACAACGAUUUUGAAGUCCUGCCGUCCGAUAUUGGGAAGCUCACAAAGUUGCAGAUAAUCAGCAUGCGGGAUAAUGACUUGAUUUCCUUACCCAAAGAGAUCGGUGAACUGUCUCAGCUGAAGGAGCUGCACAUACAAGGGAACAGACUGACGGUGCUGCCCCCUGAGCUCGGAAACUUGGAUCUCACUGGUCAGAAGCAGGUCUUCAAGGCGGAGAAUAACCCCUGGGUCACACCGAUCGCUGAUCAGUUCCAGCUCGGAGUGUCUCAUGUCUUUGAAUACAUUCGCUCGGAAACCUACAAAUACCUUUACGGGAGACACAUGCAAGCGAACCCGGAGCCCCCAAAGAAGAACAAUGACAAGUCUAAGAAGAUCAGCCGCAAGCCCCUGGCAGCGAAGAAUAAAUAGCGCAUCGCUAGGCGCUCGGCAUUCACAAACAGUUUUGCAUGAGGCCGAUCACUUCUAUUUAUUUCCUGGAAUAUCACAUCGAGGAGAAAAAACACGAAGACUUGGAGGCCACCGAACUGCCGACCUUGUUUGCCUUAUCGAUAUUCUCCUGGAGAAGACGUUAUUAGCUAUGCAUUUAUAUCUGUUACUCCUAUAUACUGUAUAUGCAUUCACCGCCAUUAACCCUUGCUGCUCACCAUCGCCUUUACAUUAUGGCGCUACUCAUCCAAUUCCUGUAAGAUAACCCGUCAUACCGUUCUAUUAGUCAUGGACGGGGUGUAAUCUGCACAUUUUUCUCUUCUAAUUAUGUCUAUUACCGUUAUUAUAUAUUUUCUAUAUAUAUAUAUUAUUUUAUAGCUUCUAAGGGCCUGUGGUCAGGGUCGUAGCCAUAGGGGGUGCGAAAGUAGCAGUUGCGCCCAUUCCCUGGUUCCUCAUGGUGCCCAGAGACCCCUCUACCAACACAAGAAUACCCCAGUGUUAUAUAUGGUACAUGGACGGGGAGGGUCCUGUUUGAGACUUUGCAGACUGUACAUCUUCUAUCUAUUUUGUUCAUUUUCCUGUAAAACCACAAGGCAAAUUUUGCAAAAAUUUUGGUUCAACUUUUCCAAACCCUUAGAAAAGUGUUUUCCAACAUGGGUGCCUCCAGCUGUUGCAAAACUACAACUCCCAACGGGCAUGCUGGGAGUUGUAGUUUUGCAACAUCUGGAGGGACCCUGGUUUGGAAACAUUGCCCAAGAAAAAUACUUGGAGCUGUCUGAUUGGUUCCCAAGAGCAUCUGCUUGUUUUUUUUUUAUAUAUAUAUAUUGUCCUCUGCCCAAUGUAUCUAUGUAUUCAGUAUGUAAUGCCACCUGACUACAUCGUUUCAGUUGAAUAAUAAAAACUUCACAUGCC